AUGUACAUGGAAGUGACGUCACGCGACAUUUCAAAUCAAUAUAUCGUCGAAAAAAAAUGGCCAACAGAAGGCUGGGUGCUAAUAUCUUCAAUACCACCACAAGACACCACUUCAACAACUUCAACAACAACACUUGCGCCUACAACUACAACUUCACCAACAACACCUGCUCCUACAACACCGACAACACCAACAACUACCACAGCAGCCCCAACAACAACCACUACAACUUCAACAGUUGCUCCUUCAACAGAGCAACAAACAGUACAACCAUCUUCACCCACAACGACAACUGAGGCGCCUGCAUCAACUGUGACAACUCAACAACCUAUUUUAGAGUUUACUGUCAACGUGACCCUAUCUCCUACUAUUCCGACAUCAACACAAAGUAUUGGACUAACAACCUUCACUUCUGUUUCAUCUGAAAAUGCAACUGAAAGUGUUAGCAAGAAUGAGACUGGUUCUAGUACUACUGAAGCUAUAAAACCUUCGGAAGAGACUACCAUAGCUACUACGUUAAUUCCUGAAACCACAACUGAAAAGGUCAACAUGUCUGAUUAUAAAAAUGGCCCCCCGCUCACGCACAUAGAUGAAACCAAUCAACGGAUGACGUCACAAAAAUCCAUACAUCGCACAUGUGAAGUUUACGUGCGAAUUAACACGGAUAGAAAUUCCCAACGGAUAACUGUUGGGCAGAAAGCCCGCCAGGCACGAUCACCUCGUCUGACCAAUAAGAACUGUGCAGCUCGGUUCUAUAGCUCGGUUUGGGAGCUAACAACAAAACACACACGCACACACACACACACCCUCACACACACCCUCACACACACACACACCCUCACACAUAACACACGCGUGUUGGUUGCGAUGUACUUAUGCACUCUGUCUGACGUUUGCGGCCGAAGACUCUGGCAGGCUCCUCAAGGUCGUAUCGUCGGUGGCACGAAGUCUGGCUUCGGGCAGUGGCCGUGGCAGAUCUCCCUGAGACAGUACAGGACUUCCACGUAUCUUCACAAAUGUGGAGCCGCGUUACUGAAUGAAAAUUGGGCUAUCACCGCUGCACAUUGUGUUGAACAUGUCCCACCAUCAGAACUUCUAGUGAGACUGGGAGAACAUGACUUGGCCCAGAGUGACGAGCCAUACGGCUUCGUGGAGAGACGAGUCCAGAUCGUGGCCAGCCAUCCACACUUCGAUCCAGCUACCUUCGAGUACGACCUGGCUUUGUUACGAUAUGCUGAAGUAGACACACACACACAAACACACACACACCCUCACACACACACACACACACACACACCCUCACACACACACACACACACACUCACACAAAUAUUAAAAAGGAUGCGACAUAGGUUCUACGAGCCGGUGACCUUCCAGCCGAAUAUCCUGCCGGUGUGCGUGCCUGAUGAUGACGAGGACUUCGUCGGGAAGACCGCGUACGUCACCGGUUGGGGACGAUUGUUUGACGCAAAACUGUGGAAUAAUCUGUCGUCGGCGGUAUUUCCGAACCGAUACGACCUUCAAAUCUUCAAGAAAAGAGCGUAUUCCAUUUUAAAAGGCCGGCAACACACCUGUGGUCGCUCUGAGGGUCCCUUACCCAGCGUGCUGCAAGAGGUCCAAGUACCAGUGAUCAACAACACGGCGUGCGAGGCGAUGUACCAGGCGGCUGGAUACAACGAGCAUAUACCAAACAUAUUCAUAUGUGCUGGGAGGAGCAAAGGCGGGGCUGACUCUUGUGAAGGUGACAGUGGAGGUCCAAUGGUGGUCCGACGAGAAAGGGACGACCGAUUCGUACUGGGCGGCAUCAUAUCCUGGGGCAUCGGGUGUGCGGAACCCAACCAGCCUGGAGUCUACACAAGAAUCUCAGAGUUCAGAGAUUGGAUCAACCAGAUACUACUCUUCUAAAACUGCUAAACUUCUCUACAAAUCAGGAAUGUUUAACUUAUAUCUCUCACAUCAUCAAUCAUCAACAGCCUAUAAAUGUCCACUGCUGGGCAAAGCCUCUUCUCACACGGA